AUGGCGAAAAAGGUCGAUAAGGACUGUGCGGUUUUUGUUAGUACCGGAUAUUGUAGCUUCGGAGACUUUUGCAAAUUUCGCCACCCUACUUUAAAAACCACUGAUAAGGUUGAUUAUCGCUUUCACAUUUCAAACAAAAUUCGUGACUUAUUGGGUUUGGUUGAGAAGGUUCAGAAGGAAGGAAACAAUGGAAGCUCUUCUGGAAAAGAAUCUGACAAAUCGAGUCCCAUCAUCCCAUGCAAGGGACAACAAGAUUGUGCUUUCUACAUGCGUAACGGGUCUUGUGGUUAUGGAGUAGAUUGCAAAUACCACCAUCCCGAUCCGAUUUAUGACCCUUAUGAACAACACGGAAAUGGUUAUGGUUUUGACUAUCAACAUCAAUCUUUUGGAAAUAUGAAUGGCGAAUACUAUCCAAAUGCUCCAUUAAUGACAGAUAGCACUGUUCAACCAACCAUUAAUGCAUGGAAUGGAAAUCAGGGAAUGGCUGCGAAUCCUGGGUUUUAUGGAACAGAUAAUUACUAUCCUGCGAAAGAGUCAUCGCUUGUUCUGAAUGAAGAGGGUCUGCCUCUAAGGCCUAUACAAAUUACAAUAGGGAGAAGUGUAUGCUGGCAUUAUGAAAAGUCAGGUGUUUGUAUCUUUGGCAUCGCAUGUGCAUUUGAUCAUCCACCAAUUUUCUCUCCAGCUUUUUAUGAUGAUGUUAUUGAAGGAUCCACAUCUCAGUCUGCUCCUCAUGAUGAUAACAACCCGGAAACCCAAGAGUAG